AUGACUGUAAUAAUAAUAGAAGGCAUAAAAGAUGAAAUAUCUGAAUAUAUAUUUAAGUCAAUCAAAUAUACAUUAUGUAAUAAGUAUUACAUAUCUUAUAUUGAAAUGAAAGGAUUAAAGAUCUCAUUAAUAAACCCGAAUUUUAAUGGGAUAACCCCAAAUGAACUAAAAUGCAGGGAAUAUUUCAUAAGGAUAAGUAAAAGUUCAAAUAUAAUCAUGAUAAAUGACAUAGAAUACAGUAGAGAAGAGUAUUAUACAGAAGAGUAUACAACAAACACUAAAUACAUCAUAAUAAUACAGGAGACUAAAGAUAUCCCGUAUGAUACAGAGUUUAAUAGUAUAUGUGUUAAUAACAAUAAUACAGUGUAUUAUAAGAACUAUAAAGAGAAAUUAUUUAUAUUAAUAAAUAACAUAAAAAGAAACUUAAUUAACCAUAAGAAUAUAAAAGUAAUAAGCAAACUGUAUUUAUUAACUAAAUUUACUAAUUUAAAGGUAAUUAAUACGGGGUAUAAUAUAUACUAUAAGGAUGACACAGAUAUAUUAUAUAGUAUUAAUGAUAUAUUAAUACAGUUAAAGAAUAAGUAUGUAUUAUAUAUGUAUAAUAAUAUAAAUAUAACCCGGGUAGUACAGAUGUAUAAUAUAGUAAAUAUAAUACAAGUGAAGGGGAAGUAUAAUAUAAGGCACAACAACAUAAAUAUAACGGAGAUAGAUAGAAAAACAGAGAUAUCAGAAGUAAUAGAUAUAAUUAUACGGUUAGAGAAAGUAUUAUUAAUAGGGGAUAUUACCACUAUUAAGAGGAUUAUUAAGUAUAUAAAUAAGGACAAUAGCGGAUAUAAAGGUAAGCAAUAACACACUUAUAAAGAUAACAGUGAAUGGAGCCAAAGUAAUAGAAAAGAGAUAUGAAAUAAGAUAAAGCAGAAGAGGAUAUGGAUGAGAACGGGGAGGAGACGAUGUAUAGUAUAUUAGAGAAUAGGAGAAGGAUAGAGGGGAAUAUAUAGGAGAUGUGAAGAUGU